GUUUGCCCAGGAAGGCAGGCAGGCAGGCAGGCAGGCAGGCAACUUUGGCUGCGCCGCGUCCUCAAGUCCUUUUGGGGACCCAUCUGCGGUCUCCAUAGAGACUUUUUGAGCAAGCAGAUCCUUUCAGGUUUGGUGACAAAUAGGCGAGAGAGAGAGCAGAAGGGGAGGAGGAGCCGGAGGGAGAGGCGAAGAAAAAGCAAGCCGCAAGGGAAAACGCAGCUCCCCCGCCGGGCAAACUUUCCCAAAGACGAGGCGCUCCGCGCGCUUCCCGGAUCCGUCCCGACUCUCGCCUAAAAAGCCCAACUUUUCUCAGCCCUCCGAUUGAGAACCGAGAAGAGCCCGGCCGGGCGGAAAAAAACCCUCGCGGGAAAGUUGCGCUCCUUUGGGAAGGCAUAACUCUUUGAGCCCCGAGAAGAAGGGACGCGUGCGCCGGGCUUCUGGUCGGGGGAGAAAAGGGAAAGAGGCGCGUCCCCGGAGGGGAGCCGCUGGAUCUGCGCCACGCCGGAUCUCUCUUCAACCUGCCGUCGGGCUUCGGGGGCAUCUGAACUCAGCAACCUGAGGGGGAGAUCGGGCGAAGAAGCCGCGGCGUUCGCAGCGCUAUAAUGGCGAAGCCGGGAUCCGCUUUGGGCAGCUGCCGUCCAGGGUGAGCUUCGGCCAAACGGCCGGUUGGGAAGCCAGCUUGGGUGGCGAGGAGCCAUUUUGAGCGCCGUUUCGACGAAACCUCGACGCAGCCAACUUUGGAAGGUGGGCGAAAAGUUCGGCCUCCCCCGCGCCGGAGGGGAAGGGGGGAGCCUCACCCCCCCCUCACGCCCGCCUUUUUUCCAGGCUCCCCAGCAGCUGCUUGAUGGACGAGGCCGGAUGAGCAGCUCAGGGGGGUGGAUGGAUUUUGUAGCCCUUCGGCCGUCCUCCCUGCUUCCUAAGCCUCGGAGAUGCUCCGUUUGCCGGGGGCCGCCUGCCUGUCGUGGAUCUCGCUGCUGGCGCUCGCGACGGCGGGCUGGGAGCUGCAUCUCCUGUGCGGCGGCGGCAACAACGGCAACCGGGGCCGCUUGCUUUUGGACCUGUCGCUGGGGCCGGAGUGGCUCUGCGCUCUGGACGAGACUCGGACGCCCCGUCAGCUGAGGGACGCCGUGGAAGCCACGAGCGACGGGCUGUUGAAGACGACGGAGGCGCCGGUGGAGUGCGCGGGCCUGAGGAGAAAUCCGCUCCCCCUCCAUUUGCGCCUGGCUUCUCCGGCCGGCGGCGUCUUUCUCGCGCUCCGCCUGCCUGUUUACCUGCACGGCUGGGGCUCCCCCGGCCGUUCCCCCCGCGUUGCCACCCUGCCUCGCCUGGCCGUUUCUCCAGCUCUUCCCCAAGGGCGGCGUUUGGCUUCUCUGCUGUGCUUCCCUCCUCCCUCCGGGCAGCAGGUGCUUCCCAAAGUGAGGGAGGCGAAAGCAGGAGCCCUGCUCUGGGCUCUCAUGACCCUGACCAGUUUCCCACAGUGUGUCUGCCCCGACGGUCGGCCUUGGGGGGAAGUUGGGGAGAAACCACUAGACUGCCGUCUUCCCCAAGGCAGCUGCCCCCUGCAGCUUCUUUGUCACUUGAAGACGACCCAACAGAAUGUUCUGGUAGAUCUGGGAAGGCCUAGGCAUUGGGGAGUGGAACAGCCAGUAGGGGGUAAAUUGGAGGUGAAUAGAAGCAGGCAAGAGGUCUCCCCGCCAUUGGCGACUGAGGGUGGUGGCAGUUGGGAUUCUGGCCCUCGAGGACCUCGGAGGAUGAGGAGUGUGAACAGCCCACCUCAGUUCAAACUGCCCAAUUACCAAGUUUCAAUUGCUGAGAACCAGCCUGCGGGUACCCCGGUCAUCACCCUAGAAGCCCAUGACCCAGAUGAAGGGGAGGCAGGCCGAUUGACCUAUUCUAUGGAAGCCUUUUUUGACAAGAGAUCCAACGAUUACUUCUCCGUCGAUUCUAAGACGGGAGCAAUAGUCACCAGCCGUAAGCUGGAUCGAGAGACAAAAGACACCCACGUGCUUCAGGUGACGGCGACGGAUCACGGGUCUCCACGGCAUCGCUCGGCAAUCACCUUCCUGACUGUGACGGUCAGUGACACCAAUGACCACGAUCCUGUGUUUGAACAGCCGGAGUAUCGAGAGACCAUUAGAGAGAACCUGGAGGUAGGUUACGAAGUGCUAACUAUUCGUGCCACAGAUGAGGAUGCUCCGGACAAUGCUAAUUUGCUCUAUCGUAUCCUAGAACCAGGCUCUGGGGAAGGGAUUUUUGAGAUUGACCCAUAUUCUGGUGUUGUGAGAACCUGUGCCACUGUGGAUAGAGAGGAAGUCUCAGAAUACCAUCUUGUGGUCGAAGCCAAUGACCAAGGGAAAGAUCCAGGUCCACGAAGUGCCACAGUUACGGUGCAUAUCACAGUGGAAGAUGAGAAUGACAAUUCCCCACAAUUCAGCGAGAAACGUUACUUGGUACAAAUACCAGAGGAUACUCCAAUCAACAGUCAAGUUUUGCAAGUAAAAGCCACUGACCAAGACCGGGGCAAUAAUGCCCAGGUCCAUUAUAGCAUCGUCAGUGGCAACCUGAAAGGCCAAUUUUAUAUCCAUUCUUUCUCUGGCUCUAUUGACUUGAUCAAUCCCCUGGACUAUGAGAGCAUUCGAGAGUAUACCCUCAGGAUCAAGGCACAGGAUGGAGGGAGGCCUCCACAGAUCAAUUCGAGUGGGAUGGUGUCCAUCCAAGUGUUAGACGUCAACGACAAUGCCCCUAUUUUUGUGAGCACUCCCUUUCAAGCCACUGUGCUAGAAAAUGUCCCCAUAGGAUAUUCCGUGUUACACAUUCAGGCAGUAGAUGCUGACUCUGGGGACAAUGCUCGCUUGGAAUACAAAAUCUUUGAGCUCUCCCAUCUUCCUGCCUUGGCAUCUUCGAUACAGGGGAAUACAGGGUUUCCAUUCCAGAUCAACAAUAGUACAGGUUGGAUUACAGUGUCAACUGAGCUCGACCGAGAGACUACAGAGAAUUAUCAUUUUGGGGUGGAGGCCAGAGACCAGGGAAUCCCUGUCAUGUCUUCCUCUGCCAGCGUGUCUAUCACUGUCCUUGAUGUCAACGAUAACAGUCCUACUUUCACUGAAAAAGUAUAUCAACUCAGGCUGAAUGAGGAUGCGGCAGUAGGCAGCAGCGUCUUGACCCUGACUGCAAUGGACAAAGAUGUGAACAGUGUAGUAACCUACCAGAUCACGAGUGGCAACACAAGGAAUCGCUUUGCCAUUACUAGUCAGAGUGGUGGUGGUCUGAUCACUCUGGCUUUGCCCCUUGAUUAUAAACAGGAAAGGCAGUAUGUGUUGACCGUCACGGCUUCAGAUGGAACUCUGUUUGAUACAGUGCAAGUCUUCAUCAAUGUCACAGACGCCAAUACACACCGACCGGUUUUCCAAAGUUCACACUAUACCGUGAGUGUCAGUGAGGACAAGCCCAUAGGAACGUCCAUUGUCACCAUCAGUGCCACGGAUGAAGAUACUGGAGAGAAUGCAAGAAUUACUUACAUCUUGGAAGACAACAUCCCUCAGUUCCGCAUUGAUCCUGACACAGGAACAAUCACUACCUUGAUGGAAUUAGACUACGAGGACCAAGCUUCUUACACAUUAGCCAUCACGGCCCAGGACAAUGGGAUCCCCCAGAAGUCUGAUACCACCUAUGUGGAGAUCCUCAUUCUAGAUGCCAAUGACAACGCACCUCGUUUUCUUCGAGAUCGGUAUCUGGGCUCUGUUUUUGAAGAUGUACCUCUGUCCACCAGUGUUUUGCAGGUGUCUGCUGUAGACCGUGACUCGGGUCCCAAUGGCCGCCUGGUUUAUACUUUCCAGGGUGGGGAUGAUGGUGAUGGAGAUUUUUACAUUGAAGCCACAUCAGGGGUGAUACGGACCUUGCGCAAGCUGGAUCGUGAAAACGUGGCGGUCUACAGCUUGCGUGCUUUUGCUGUGGAUAGGGGUAGCCCACCUCUCAAGGCAUCCGUUGAUAUCCAAGUUACCGUACUGGAUAUCAAUGAUAACCCCCCUGUGUUUGAACAAGACGAAUUUGACAUCUUUAUUGAGGAGAACAGUCCUGUUGGUUCAAUCGUGGCCAGGAUUAGUGCAGUAGAUCCUGAUGAAGGAACCAAUGCGCAGAUCAUGUAUCAGAUUGUAGAGGGGAAUAUUCCUGAGGUCUUCCAGCUUGACCUUCUUAACGGAGACCUUACAGCCCUGAUGGAUCUGGAUUACGAGAGCCAGACAGAGUACGUAAUUGUGGUACAAGCUACAUCAGCCCCACUUGUGAGCCGAGCUACUGUGCACAUACGCCUUCUGGAUCAAAACGACAACCCUCCUGUGUUGCAUGACUUUCAGAUCCUGUUCAACAAUUAUGUCACCAACAAAUCUAAUAGCUUUCCUUCUGGAGUGAUUGGCAAGAUCCCUGCCCAUGAUCCUGAUGUAUCUGACCAGCUUGACUAUACCUUUGUCCAAGGCAAUGAAUUAAACCUGCUGGUUUUGGAUUCUGCUACUGGAGAACUGAAGCUCAGCCGAGAUUUGGAUAACAACAGACCCCUUGAGGCCAUCAUGAAAGUAUCCGUUUCUGAUGGUAUCCACAGUGUUACAGCAUAUUGCACCUUAAGGGUUACCAUCAUCACUGAUGACAUGCUUACAAACAGUAUCACGGUACGGCUGGAAAACAUGUCCCAAGAGAAGUUUCUCUCCCCUCUGCUGGCUCUCUUUGUGGAAGGCGUGGCUACUGUACUGUCAACAACCAAGGAGGGCAUUUUUGUCUUCAACAUUCAAAACGACACAGAUGUUAGCUCCAAUAUCCUGAAUGUGACAUUUUCUGCCCUACUUCCCGGUGGCAUUCGAAACAAAUUCUUCCCCUCUGAAGACCUUCAGGAGCAGAUAUACCUCAACCGGACACUGCUGACGCUGAUAUCUACUCAACGAGUAUUGCCUUUUGAUGAUAACAUUUGCCUGCGGGAACCUUGCGAAAACUACAUGAAAUGUGUAUCUGUACUGAAGUUUGACAGCUCCGCACCGUUUAUCAGUUCAAAUACUGUGCUUUUCCGACCCAUACACCCUAUCAACGGCCUGAGGUGUCGCUGCCCCCCUGGGUUUACUGGUGACUAUUGUGAAACGGAGAUUGACCUCUGCUAUUCUAACCCAUGUGGAAACAAUGGCCUUUGUCGAAGUCGAGAGGGAGGCUAUACCUGUGAAUGUUAUGAAGACUAUACUGGAGAAUACUGUGAAGUGAAUGCUCGCUCAGGACGCUGUGCACCCGGAGUCUGCAAGAACGGGGGUACCUGUGUUAACCUGCUCAUUGGCGGCUUCAAAUGUGAAUGCCCUCCUGGUGAAUAUGAGAGACCUUAUUGUGAGAUGACCACAAGAAGUUUCCCUCCAGAGUCAUUUGUCACCUUCAAGGGAUUAAGGCAGCGCUUCCAUUUCACUGUAUCUCUCAUGUUUGCAACAAGGGAAAGGAAUGCUUUACUUCUCUAUAAUGGACGUUUUAAUGAGAAACAUGAUUUUAUUGCUCUUGAGAUCAUUGAAGAACAGAUCCAGCUAACAUUUUCUGCAGGAGAAACCACCACAACAGUUGCUCCAUUUGUUCCAGGAGGGGUUAGUGAUGGGCAGUGGCAUUCUGUCCAAGUGCAGUAUUAUAACAAGCCCAACAUAGGCCAACUUGGCAUUCCUCAUGGGCCUUCGGGGGAGAAGGUGGCUGUAGUAACCGUGGACGACUGUGAUACCGCAGUGGCUGUACGCUUUGGAAGUCUGAUUGGAAACUACUCCUGCGCUGCUCAGGGAACACAGUCCGGCUCCAAAAAGUCAUUGGAUUUAACCGGCCCUCUGCUGCUUGGAGGUGUUCCCAAUUUACCUGAAGAUUUUCCUGUACAUAACAGGCAGUUCAUUGGUUGCAUGAGGAAUCUAUCCAUUGACAGCAAGCCCAUCGAUAUGGCCAGUUACAUAGCCAAUAAUGGCACCCUUGCAGGUUGCUUAGCUCAGAAGAAUUAUUGUACCACAAACUGGUGUCAGAAUGGUGGUACCUGUGUGACCAAGUGGAAUACUUACAGUUGUGAUUGCCCCCUGCGAUAUGGGGGAAAAAACUGUGAGCAAGCAAUGCCUUUUCCUCAACGUUUCACUGGGGAAAGCAUCAUCACCUGGAAUAAUCUUGAUAUCACUAUUUCUAUACCAUGGUACAUUGGCCUCAUGUUUAGAACUCGCAAGGUUAAUGGUGUAUUAAUGCAAGCCGAUGCGGGAGUAUCAUCUAAGAUUAAUAUACAGAUACUGAAUAAAUAUGUGGUAUUUGAGGUCUAUGAUGGACAGAAUCAGGUGGCCAGUUUGAAGAUGAGUCAGGUGCGGAUCAAUGAUGGCGAAUGGCAUCAUUUGCUAAUAGAGCUGAAGAGCACAAAAGAUGGCAAAGACAUCAAGUAUCUUGCAGUUGUGUCCUUGGAUUAUGGCAUGUAUCAGAGCACUGUACAGAUCGGAAAUCAGUUACCUGGACUAAAAAUGAAAAGCAUUAUUGUAGGAGGGGUCUCUGGAGAUCUAGCCUCUGUGCAGCAGGGCUUCUAUGGCUGUCUACAGGGAGUGAGGAUGGGAGAAACAUCUACAAAUGUUGCUACAUUGAACAUGAAACAGGCAGUCAAGAUUAAUGUCAAGGAUGGCUGUGAAAUAGACAACCCUUGUGAUUCUAAUCCUUGCCCCCUUCACAGCUCUUGUAGUGAUGACUGGGACAGCUAUUCAUGUAUCUGUGACCCAGGGUACUUUGGGACAGACUGUGUUGAUGUUUGUAGUUUGAACCCAUGUGAACAUGUCUCUACUUGCAUUCAUAAACCAAGCUCUUCUCAUGGAUACACCUGUGAAUGUGGACAAAGCUAUUACGGACAGUACUGCGAAAGCAAAAUUGAUCUACCUUGUCCCAGAGGCUGGUGGGGAAAUCCUAUUUGUGGGCCAUGUAAUUGUGAGAUCAGUAAAGGAUUUGAUCCUGACUGCAAUAAGACAAAUGGAGCCUGUCGAUGUAAGAUAAACUAUUACCGACCACAGAAAAAUGACUCCUGCUAUCCAUGUGAUUGUUUCCCUUCUGGUUCCCAUACUCGCACUUGUGACAUGGAAACUGGACAAUGUCCCUGCAAAUCAGGAGUGAUUGGACGACAAUGCAAUCGCUGUGAUAAUCCCUUUGCUGAAGUUACACCUCAUGGAUGCGAAGUGGUUUACAAUGGAUGUCCCAAAGCUUUUGAGGCUGGCAUUUGGUGGCCACAAACCAAGUUUGGGCAACCUGCUGCUGUUCCGUGUCCUAAGGGAUCAGUGGGGAACGCUGUUCGGCAUUGUAGCAGUGAGAAAGGCUGGCUGUCCCCUGAACUUUUUAACUGUACUACCGUUGACUUUGUGACUCUUAAAAUCAUGAAUGAGAAGUUUCUCCAUAACGAGACAAAAAUGGACAGCGAUAAGUCGGUGCAGAUAGCGAAAGUGCUUCAGAAUGCCACAAACCACACAAAUUCCUUCUAUGGAAAUGAUGUGCGGAUAGCCUACCAGAUGAUGAUCAGGGUACUGCAGUAUGAGAGCCAGCAACAGGGGUUUGAUUUGGCUGCAACAAGAGAUGUGGAAUUUAAUGAGAAUAUCAUAAAAACAGGUAGUGCCUUACUGGAUCCUCGCACAGAAGACCUUUGGGAACACAUCCAGAGGACCGAAGGGGGUACAGCUCACUUACUGAAACACUAUGAAGAUUACUUUCACAAUCUGGCAAAGAACAUGAAAAGAACCUACAUGAAACCUUUUGUUAUCAUUGCUGCAAACAUGAUUAUUGCUGUUGACAUAUUUGAAAAGUCAAAUUUUACGGGAACUAGAGUACCACAUUUUAAUAUGAUCAAAGAAGAUUACCCAAAAGAUUUGGAAUCAUCUGUUUUGUUUCCUGAAACUUUGCUCAAAACAUCUGUCAGAAAAGUAGGUCCUACAACAAAACCUUCAAACUAUGGACUUUUAUUGAACAUGGAGGAUGAGAUUGUAAAUAAUAAAAAUAUACAUGCCAAAAGACAGCGUCGGCAUCCAGAGAAUUCCAGCCAGCAUGCCGUUGCCAUGGUAAUUAUAUAUCGAACCUUGGGAUGUUUUCUGCCUAAGAACUAUGAUCCUGAUCGAAGGAGUUUAAGGUUACCCAACCGCCCCACCAUUAAUACCCCAGUAAUCAGCGUAAUCAUUUACAGAGAUGGAAAUUAUUUGCCUAAUCUAGUGGACAGCCCAAUUAUGAUUGAGCAUGUUAUGCUGGAAACGAUGGAGAGAACAAAGCCUGUGUGUGUCUUCUGGAACCAUUCAAUCACAACUAGAGAAACAGCAGGAGGCUGGUCUUCAAAAGGAUGUGAACUGUUUUCUCGGCGCCAGAACCGUAUUAUUUGUCAAUGUAACCACAUGACCAGUUUUGCAGUCCUAAUGGAUAUGUCAAAUCGUGAAUAUGAUGACGUGCUUCCUCUCAGGAUCAUCACUUACACGACAGUUUCCAUCUCACUGGUAGCUUUGUUGCUGACCUUCAUACUUUUGAUCUUGAUCCGAACUUUGCGGUCCAAUCUGCACAGCAUUCACAAAAACUUGGUGGCUGCUCUGUUCUGCUCGGAGUUAGUCUUCCUGAUAGGAAUCAAUCAGACAGAAAAUCAAUUUGUGUGCACCGUAAUAGCCAUUCUUUUGCACUACUUCUACAUGAGCACGUUUGCUUGGAUGUUUGUUGAGCAGCUUCAUAUCUACCGCAUGCUGACUGAAGUGAGAAACAUCAAUUUUGGGCACAUGAGGUUCUAUUACGUUAUGGGUUGGGGGAUUCCUGCCAUUAUAACAGGUCUUGCUGUUGGUUUAGAUCCUCAGGGAUAUGGGAACCAAGAUUUUUGCUGGCUCUCUGUUUAUGACACUCUGAUUUGGAGCUUUGCUGGUCCAAUUGUAAUAGUUGUGGCUAUCAACAUUGUGAUCUUCAUCUUAGCCGUGAAAGCAUCAUGCAAGCGAAGGCAGCGUUCACUGGAGAAAACUGGUGUCAUCGCUGUACUGAGGACUGCCUUCCUGCUCCUCCUGUUGGUCAGUGCAACUUGGUUACUGGGUCUGAUGGCAGUAAAUAGUGGCAUAAUGACCUUUCACUACUUGUUUGCUAUCUUUAGCUGCUUACAGGGCCUGUUCAUCUUUUUCUUCCACUGUAUAUUCAACAAGGAAGUGAGGAAGCAUUUGAAGAAUACAUUCACUGGAAAGAAGUCAUUUCCAGAUGACUCCACAACAACUAGAGCCACUCUGUUAACUCGGUCUCUGAAUUGCAAUGAUACGUAUAUUGAAGAACCAAACAUGUAUCGAACCACGAUUGGGGAAUCCACCGUCUCCUUAGAAAGCAGCAUCAGUAGAGAUGAAGCUGCCCAGAAACACAGCAUAUCAAGCCCAGCAAGAGCUGCUAAUACAGAAGGAGAUUCUUCCAUCUUCCAAAGGAAGCCAUCAAAAUCCAAUGAGCGUGAUUCCGAUUCUGACAGUGAACUGUCCCUUGAUGAACACAGCAGUUCUUACGCUUCCUCUCACUCGUCAGAUAGUGAGGAAGACGUGAUAGACGUGGAGAAGAAAUGGAACACGGGCACUUUGAAAAACAAUGAGCGGAUUCCAGUCCACAGCACUCCUAAAGUUGAUACCGUGCCCAAUCAUGUAAAACCCUACUGGCCAUCUGAGGGCAUCGACGCAAGUGAUGAGGAGGAGCCAAAUGCAAAACAGAAACUGAAGGUGGAAACCAAAGUUAAUGUAGAACUGCAUCAGGAAAAUCAAGUGAAUCACAGCAGUGAAAUACCUCAGGAAAAAGAGGACGAGGGACAGCAAAAGGAGAAUAAACCCCUCACUCAUCAAAACCAUCAGCCACCAGAACAGAGGAAAGGCAUAUUGAAAAAUAAAAUCACCUACCCUCCUCCAUUAGUGGACAAAAAUAUGAAGAAUCGACUGCGAGAAAAAUUGUCAGACUAUCAUCAAACUGCAAUCUCGCCUAAAACAACUUCUGUUGGGACUAACAAUGGCAUUCGCUCCACUUCAGACUCUGGAGUAACAAUAAAAAACCCAAGAAGAGAAAAUCCUCCAGAACAGAUGAAUGGCUUAGCCAUGAAUGUCCACAUGGCGACAAUAACGGCUGAGAAUAACUCAGAUUCUGAAGGCAGUAAUGAAACUUCAAUUUGAAUCAUCAGGAAAUAGUGAAGACUGUUGCCUUGGAGAAUUACUCUACUGUAACAUUGUGGUCGGCACCAGUCAGGUCUGGAUUUGAGUCUGCGUUCAUUUGCCAUUUGCCAUGGAGUGAGGAUGCCAAGAAUGUCACCUUGGAAAACUGCACCUACUUGUGACAAUUCCACAAUUUCCUGUGAGUUGCUCACUGACGUUACGGUUAGAGUCCUUCCAAGUACUUGCCUGACUGCAUCAUUUGUGCCAUAUGGAGACCAAUAAAUGGAAUUCAUUAUUGGAGGGAAAAUGCCUUUGAAAUAUGGUCUCAGCCAUAGCAAUGCUGCAAGGAGUCAAGAGCAGGAGAAAUCCAUCUGAACAAAUCCAUCUGAACCUUUGAGGAAUAACUCGUCAAUAAUACACAUGAUGUGUCAUUAGUCCCCCAUCUGAUUUUAUGCUGGGGUUUUACUCAAUUUCAGCAAGACUGCAGAACUCAAGAGGAGGAUGUAUCUCAUCAAGUUCUUCUCUAGUUUCUAUCCCAACAUGAGGAGGACACCUUGCCUUAAAAUACAUUGUUUUAUAUAAAUAUAUAUAAAUAAUUCUCUCUAUAUAUAUAGCUGUAGAUAAUUUUAUACAUUUUAUAUGGCAAUUCUUUUGUACAUUUCAUAUAUUUGCUGUUGUUGUUGUUUUCAAAUUUGAUAGCAGGAGAGCAAAGAACUUUGAUAUUUUUUAUAUUAAAAAAGAAUUGCAUGAGUUUACUUGUAUUUGGCAUUUCAGCGGAGAGGGAAAGGGAGAAGAAUCUAAGCUUGAUUUGUGAGUCUUUUUAAAAAAGACUGACAUGUUAGGGUAUCUAAAUUCAUUCAUUUAUGAUAUGAAUCUGAAAUGUUUUUAAGGCUGCAGUGUGUACUUUUAUGGCCUCAGGACAAUAUUUUUGCAUAAGCUCAGAGUCUCAUUGGAUUUCUUCAUCACAUUAAGUUACAAAAGAGGGCUUGUUAAUUUGUGCCUUAACAUGUCAAUUGUGGGUUGUAAAUCACUGCUUAUAGCUUGGCACAGUGUAGGAAUCUAUCUCAUAAAUGUACUGUGGUAGGUUUCUAAGGCAGUUUGGUCUUCUUUGCAUCCUUCAGCAUAUUUAGACUCUUCCUCCCCCUUGGGUGGAGCCCAUAGCCAAUCGUCAGCUGUUUUGAAAUUACUUUUAAAUUGUUAUUAUUGUAAUCUAAUUCUGCUGAAAUUUAUUUAACUUUUGAAGCUUGCCUCCUGUUCAUUUUACUCUUUUAAAAAACAAAAUUACAUUCUGUUCCCCUACUUCCCACUUUAGAAAAAGUCUAAGAAUAUUUUAAUCACUCCAUCUUUUAGCAAAGGUUGAGAGAGUUUUUAAAAUAAAUGAAACCUCUUGUCAAGCGAACUAAAUAUCUUGACAGCAUUUUGUUCAAAACAGUUGGGAGAAAGGAGCAGCUCUGUCGGUUUUUUAAUUUCUGUCGUCUUUAUAAAUUAGGGUAUAUUUGGAAAAAAUGUCUAUUUUGGAAUGUUUCAGGCAUGAUUAGACCCACAAUUAAUUCUUCUCAGUCAACGGGUAAAAUACACAGGGAUUUUCAUUAACUCAAGCCACUUUAGAAUUAAUCAAACUACUGUAUAUAAGGGGGAAAAAAGAUGAUAUAAAAUAGGGAAUCUGUAGGCCAUAAAUCCCGAAACACAUCUAAAUUGAUGUGAAAUUUAUCCCCAUGGAUAAAAGUGAUAAUUUCACUGGGUUUAGCAUUGGACAAAAAAAUAUACCACCUUUAUCAUUUAUUUCUAACCCGCAUCUCGCUGGAAUUCUCAAACUUUUGGUACUACAACUGCCCCUUGGGCUUGCAUGGAUAAAGCAAGAACAUUCUCAAGGACAAUUUGCUUGUUUCUUUGUCUUUAAUUGUAAAAUCCCUUCCCUGGAUUCCUGACUUAGCUUCAGAACUGCUAUAGUUCAAAUAAUUUUGCCUUAGCUGUGUAUUUCCUAGUGGCCUCAGUCAGCUGUGAUCUUUUAGCCAAAGUGCCUUUUUCCUCAGCUCUGGAAUAUCAGGAUAAGAGUGGACCACUCUUAGUAUGAUGAUGAUUGAUAAUUUACAAAUUGAUAAUUUACAUACAAGGUUUAAAAUAUUACUAGAAGUACCUAUAUGAAAGCUCAGCGUUUACUUCUGAACUCAUUUUCAUUUUUAUGAUUUUGCAUCUCCAAUAAAAAAAGCAUCAGGAAGGGAAAAUGUUUUGGAUGCUCAGGAAGAUCCAAUAAUCUUUUUUCUUUUCAAGAAAUCUGUCAUCUACUCUAAAUUUAGAUUUAUAGAUUCAGAAUUUGAUCUGAGGAAGGUUAUUCUUCUUCAAUGAAAUGGAGGGGGAAAAAAUGAAGUCAAAACGUCUUUUAAGACCUCUCUGAAUUUUGCUUUCAGGAAGUUUUAUUAAUCAGAAGAAUGGGGUAGGUGGGUAGGAGGCACAAUUUUACACAUUCAAAUUGAAUCAAAGUUUCAUAAUUUAGCCUCUCAUAUUGGCUCGUUGACUUCCCUCUGCUACCAGAGGGCAGUGCUAGGAAAUAUUCCCCUUUAAUUGUGAUUAAUAUGAAAGCAUUUAGAUCAAUCAUUUCCAGUUUUAUUUGUGGUGUAGUUUAUACUCAGCAUUACUUCUAACUGCAGAAACACAUCCUUUUCAAUUGUGUGACAUUCUAGAAGGAAUGCUGUGUUACUUAUGGUAGGAGUAACAUUAGGAGUCUGAUAGCACCUUUUCUGAAUAACAGCCAUUCACAAAAGUGUGUUCCUGUUCAUAAAAUAUAUUAGUUGAUACUACCAGACUAUUUCACUUUGUGUGAAUGUGUAAGAAAAUAAGCAGAUGCAUGCCAGGUAUGAUUUAAUGAAUGAACCUGCCCAAAAUCUAAAAUGUUUCUUAUGUAGAUUUGAAUCAUUCGAUCAUUUAUUUUGCUCGGAAAACAGUCCAGCUUAUAUUGAUUCAAAUCAAGAUUGAACUUUUUGAAUUCCUGUAAAUCCUGAGAAAACAUGCGUAUUCCUUGGUGGGUGGUCUAAAAGUUAAAAUACUUCACUUUGCAGCUAAACAUCUCUUAUAUUAUCAAGCAACGUAAUUUAUAGACUUUGACAAUGCAUGCAUAGGUACCCACAUGCACAAACAUUAUCCAAAAUAACCCAAGUGCCCAGAAUUGCCUCAUGAGAAAGAAUGUUUCUUGUACUAUAGAGUAGUGGUUCCCAACCCUUCUCACUCUGCGGACCAGCGGCAGAGGGGGGGGUUAGGGUGCGACUUCGCGUGUUUGCCUGCUCUUGUGUGGCCCGCUUCUGGGCCACGGAUUGGGGGUUGGAGACCUCUGCUGUAGAGAAGUGUUUCUAAACCUUGGUAGCUUGAAGAUGCGUGGACUUCAACUCCCAGAAUUCCUGAGCCAACAUAGGAAUUGAAGUCCACACGUCUUCAAGUUGCCAAAAUUGAGAAAUGCUGAUAUAGAGAAUAACGUUAAUAGAGAGAAGAACAGAUGUUCUUGUUUUGAACAUCAGCUGUGUUUCAUAUUUAUAUUUCUCCGAACUCUUGCUGCUUCCCCCCCCCCCUUUUCAUAUAGAAAAGCAGGUAUUAACUGACACAGUCCAACUAAGUUAGAGACUUUUACACCCAUUUCUUUCAGUGGGAGAAUUAAGAAUCUACCUAAAUUAAUUUACCCUGUGAAUUGUAAAAGUGUUUAAUGUGGAUUGCAGGUUUGGUUAUUCUGUUUUUAAAGACUGCGUACAAAUUUUCCUUUUUUUCAAACCUAGACAAAAGUCCCAUAUAUAAUGAAUGUUUGCUAAAUUAUUUUUUUAAUCAACCUUGAUUCCAUGAGGCCUUUUUAGAAGAGGGGAAGAGUCAUGCUCUUUAAAUAUAUAUAUAUAUAUAUUGCUUUCAUGCUGCAUAAAACUUUGAUGUAAAAAAAAUUGAAUGUGUAACUAUUUGCCUAUCAUUCGUCAAUAUGUGCUAAAUGAAGUUACAUCUGUGUGUAUAUUUUGCCCAAUGAGAUGUAGCGAGUUAUUUUUGAUCAGAACAGCAGUUGUCUGUGCUAACCACAGAGGAAAAUAAGGACCUAUUUUUUACAAUUUAUGACAGAUUUUAGACACUGGAGAAUUUUAAAAAUGUAUAUUUAUUAAAGUUCAAAACACUGGAAUUUGAGCACAGUUGAGAAAAUGUAACAGUAAAUUAAAGUUUUGAAUUUGUUUGUAUUUUUAUGACAACCAUUUCUUUCCAUAAAAUGAUGCCUUGUGAAUUUA